UUUGCCAGGAAGGGCCUUUGGCAGUUUACCUAAUUGGACCAAGGUUUGCGAGAUAACUGAGGAAUUGGUGUUGGGAGGCAUUUGUUUUACUUUGAGUUGAACAAUGCUGGGAAUGAAGUAAUUCCCAGCUGUUCGGAUAAAGUUUGUUUGUUUUUUCAUGGACUGAGAUUAUUACUACCUACUUGGGCCUGGGUCACAACAAAAUGGUAUGAAUAUAUUGUACCCAAAUAUUUGCUGUAGUUCUUGAAACUUGUCAUAGCUUUGAGAAACGUGUGUUCUGAAAUACAUGUGACAACUCCACCAGUAGCUAGGACUAUUCCGAGACUUCUCCUCCUUUGAUGUUUGGGGACUUAAGGGAGGUGCAAAGAUUGCAGUAACCUGAGCAUUGCAGACAGACCUAACAGCAGGUUCCAGUCUCCUGAAUAAAAGUAAGCACAAGCUGUUGCCUUAUGAACGAAAAACAAAUCCAAGAUUUCAGCCACUGGAAUUAGGAAGACAACGAUUCAGAUUUCAUAAUGCCUCUGAGGAAAAAAGUGCGACCAAGUUCUGCUUCUGGGAAGUUAGAGACCUCCACACUGACCAGCAUUCUGAAUGAGCUAACAGAGCCGACAUUGACAAAAGACUCUCUGUUUGGAAGGGCGCAGACUUCAUUUGCAGGCCCCAGAUUGCAAACUGCCUCUCCAGUUUCUGUUGGUAGCUUCUCAGAAGACCAAAAGAAUAUUCCCAGACCUCCAGAAUGGCUGGUGAGGGAAUUGCUGAAACGGCAGCAAAGGAGUCAUUCCAUUGGACUCAUGGAAAACAUCUCAGAGAGCGAAAGUAUUCAUCACCGUGCUGAUUCCUCCAGAAGCCACUGGAAAGGCAAAAUUGAACAGCAGAUUACACUUGAUCAGCUGCAGAAACUAUACACAGCCUUUCAGGGAUUGGAAACAAGUGGACAUAAAUCUGUGGAUGUAGAAAGCUUCAAGCACAUAUUAAAGACAUGUGUUGGAUCACCUAAUGCAACUGAUGAAGAAGUGGAAAAACUGUUCAUGAAAAUAGACUAUUUGGCAACUGGCAACAUUCAGUGGCAUGAUUUCUGCACAUACUUGCAGAUAGAAUAUGCUGAACUGGACAGCUCAUCUAUGCGCUUGAAAGAGGUCGCCUUUUCACUUCCUGCUACAAUGCAAGAGAUCCCUCACGGAGAUCCUGUGCUGCGCAUUUGCUCCCUGGUGGACAGCACAUUAAUAACAGCACAAGAAGAUGGGCAAAUUUCUUUCUGGUCACCAGAGUUCAAGCUCAAACGAAGCAAGAUGGUGUUUGAAAAAAUUCACAGAAAAUCUAAGUGGCUGAUGGAUUUUACUGUCAUGACACCCUACAAUAAACUAAUUCUGGGAACUGGGGAUCGUGAACUUCAGUUUUAUGAAAGCUCCAAUUUUGAACCCUACCUUCAGAUUAGUGGUUUGGAAGCUAUACCUUUGAAUCUAGAUUACUGCUACACAGAUUGUGAUGGAUGUAUGAUUCUUUAUGGCGACGACCAGGGAUGUGUCAAUAUCUUGCAGUUAUAUUCUGUGGGUGAGACCCUGAGGACAUGGAAGAAGUUGCCCAAAGUGGAAAAUCUCCCUAAUAUAAGGCUUGAAAGUGCUAUACUUUCUCCAAAUGUCACUUACAUCCGUUGGAAAGUUCAUGGAGACUGGGUGACUCAGCUCAAUUAUUAUGAUUCCAUUAAGGCAAUAAUUUCUUCAUCAAGCCAUGAGCCUACAGCCUUAGUAAUAGGUUGCAUUAUGGGAGCUACAAAUGUUGAGCAACAAAUGAGAGAAAUAAAAGAAAAUAAGAAAGAUUCAAAGACGAAGAAAGCACAGGAAAUGCUAGGAACUCCCUCCCAGAGAGCUGAAGGGGAUCAGAUUAUUUUUCGGGUUCAUAAAGGAGUCAAAACAUUUGCAGUUAGUAAAAAGAAUAAUGCCAUAGUAACCGGCGGGAUGGAUCGAAUUAUUCGAAUAUGGAAUCCAUACAUGCCUGGAAGACCCACAGGCAUGCUCAAAAGUCAUAUGGCUCCUAUUUUCUAUGUGUACAUAUCUGAGGAGGAUAAAAUAUUUUCCAUAUCAACAGACAACACAGUUAAGAUAUGGGAUAUAGAAGAUCAGACUUGCUUAUUCACUGCUUGUUCAAAAAACAAUGGAAUUAAAGGAGAGAUUACUACUUGCCAUUAUAUAUCUGGCACUCGAUCACUCUGUGUUGCCACAGAUACACUGGCUAUUCUUCACCUAAGAUUAAGUAGAUCAGCUCCAGAUCUUUAUGUAGUAACUUCCCAUAAAAAACCAGUUUUGUGCUGCAAAUUCAACAAAGUGUUCAGGCAUGUUGUGAGCUGCUCUGAAGAUUCUGUGGUCAAGGUCUGGGAUUUCGAAAGUGGAAAGCCUAUAUUUGAAUUUGGCAAUGCUCAUGGUGAUUCUGCCAUUACAUGCCUCACAUUUGAUUUUAGUGGAAGAAGACUAAUUACUGGAGGAAAAGAUGGCUGCUUGAAAAUAUGGAAUUAUAAUAAUGGACAAUGUCUUCACACUUUGAAAAAGGAAGACAGAUGUGAUGAAGUUCGCGACUGUGCUUAUGCGGAGAUCAACAAAAAUGAGUAUGUCAUAGGUGUGGGAUGGGACAGAAGAAUAAAUUUGUUUUAUGAUGCCACAGAUGAUUUCUAUCAUAUUAAGAAACCUCAGCCCCACUGGCAGGAUGACAUAAACUGGGGACACAAAGAAGACAUUCUCUGUGUUGCUCAGUGUCCCCCUAAUCUUCUUGCAACAUCCAGUUAUGAUGGUGAAAUUAUUGUUUGGAAUAUGGUCUCAGGUCACAUAGACCAUAGAUUCUACAUUCCAAUGACCACAGCCGCCUCCGUUCAUUCUCAGAUUGAUGUGGCACGGAUAAUUUUUCUAAAGACUCGUGCUGUGAAAUUUGAUUCAACUACUGCAUCUCUGGUUUCCAAUGGGCCACAAGGUUUUCUGCAUUUCUGGAGCCUGUUUUCAGAGGAUCCACUCAUAGCAAGUUUUCAACCAUCUAGGGGGAAAUCCCUGAUCAGCAGCAUUGCUAUGACUGCAGAUGAUUCGUAUAUGUAUGCAGCUGAUGAAGAUGGUUAUGUGUAUGUCCAUGACAUCCAAAAUUAUGCUCUUCAGGACACAAAAGAAGAAACACCAAAAUAUGUGAACCAUUGGCGAGCUCAUUUAGGUCUAGUUUUAACGUUAGAAGUUAUAGAUGAAGAUAAUAUCCUUUUAUCCUGUUCUAUUGAUUGUACAAUUCGUUUGUGGAGUCUGAAUGGAGAGUACAUUGGAACCUUUGGCCAGGAAGAACCUUGGGAAAUUUUUAACACAUCCUCCUGGAAACAUCCCAUGGUCCCUUAUGAGAUUUUGAUAGAUCCACAAAGUAUGCCCAUACAUCCUAUGCUGGAAGACACUUCCUCUGACAUACAGAUCAUCAGCCAAGAUGAGAAUAAAAAUCCUUCCAAGAAGGCUGCUUGUAACCCACACUCGUCACAAAUUACUGUUACUGAUGAGGAUAUUGAAGAAGAAAUUAACAAGAGGCUUUACUCACAAGCUUCAAGCAGGCGGAUGAAGUAUGAGAGAUCCAAGCUUUCAAACAGAUGGAUUAAACACAGGGGACCAAGCAUUUAUCAUGCCAUCGACUAUUAUGAAAUUGACAAUUUCCCAGGAAACUGUGAGAAACCUGACUUGUCUGUCCUUGGAGUAGACAUAUUCAGUGCUAAUUAUCAAGGAGCAACAGAGCAGUAAUAGACUAAAACACUUCAGUAACUUGUUAAUCUCAUAACUGACAUUUAUACAAUUCAUAGAGAAUUUUCUCCCUGUUAAACCUAAUAAUUUUACAAACUUGUUUCACACAUGCUAAACCAUGGUUUGCUCAAUUGUUUUUUACUGAAUUAGGCACAGUUGGUUGGGUUCACAUUUAAUGAAAGAUAAGCAUGGUUUUCUAAACCACCGACAUAGGUUGUAACAUACAGUACUAAGCUAGAGUGUAGAGACUAAAACUAAACAAAUUUUACGUUGAGCUUGUCGAUCGAAAGGUCGGCAGCUCGGCGGUUCAAAUCCCUAGUGCUGUCGUGUAACAGGGUGAGCUCCCAUUACUUGUCCCAGCUUCUGCCAACCUAGCAGUUUUGAAAGCAUGUAAAAAAUGCAAGUAGAAAAAAUAGGGACCACCUUUGGUGGAAAGGUAACAGCGUUCCAUGCGCCUUUGACGUUGAGUCAUGCCAGCCACAUGACCACGGAGAUGUCUUCGGACAGCGCUGGCUCUUCGGCUUUGAAACGGAGAUGAGCACCGCCCCCUAGAGUCGGCAAUGACUACCACAUAUGUGCGAGGGGAACCUUUACCUUUACUUUUUACUUGGCUGCAACACAAUGUGCCAAACUGUUAUUUCUUUGGUGGGUACAUUUUUAAAAGUUGUGGUAAACCUACUCCACCAAUAAAUUGGUGUUUGGGUUGCUCAUCUCAAAAAUGAUGUAAACCGAAAUUCAGCAGUAGGGAAAGCAAAAUAAAGUUUUAGGAGGCUACAUAUGAUGAAGGGACCAAGCUACCCACUGACUAUAAAUCAUGGCGUACAGACAAUUAUCAGAAAUCAAAGCAAGACAAAUCAUAUUAAGGUUUAGAUGGCAGUGUGAACCCAUAAGUGCCUAUCUCGUCAAAAUAUUUCAAACUGCAGGAGUGAAGAACCAAAACUUUCCAGAUGUUGUUGGACUCCAAAGUUCUUGUCACCUUCAGCAGGAUGGUAAUUGUUAGGAAGUUGUAGUCCAAUUCAGCUGUUUCUUUAAUAUCAUACUUUGAGCCAGGAGAUUGCACGUUUCUUCCUAGGAGACCAAGCUUCCAGGAACCAUGGUAUACUCCUUUCUGAAGAAUCUAUCUUUCAAUUCAGGGAUUUUAAACAACUACCAUUGUGUGUACAUACCCCUUUGUAUGUGUAGUGGUGGUAGGGAGAUUGUGAUAUGGUAGUGGCUGACAGUUUCACAGUAUCCUGCGCAAAGCAAAUUAUCUGAACCCUUUUCCAGCACAGUUCAGGCUUGGGGACAGAACAGAGAUAGCAUUGGUCACCUCUAGGAUAACCUGUGUCAGGACUUAAGAGUGUAUCUCUUUUGACCCUGUUGGAUCUUUUGGUGGUUUUUUUAAUACCAUUGAUAAUAAUAUCCUCUUGGACCAUCUCGAUUGGUUGGGAAUUGGGGGUAGUUUUGUAACGUUGCUUCCUCAGUGAGUCAUUUCAGACUGUGAUGUGGGAAGCAAAAAUCAGCUCAGUGGGCCAACACAUGGGAUGCAAGGGGUCCGUUCCUUCCUCCAUUUGUUAAUGUGACAGCUCAGGAUAUCUUAUUCCUUGUAGGCUGAUGAUACCCAAAUCUGUACAUCACUAUCUCAGGCUAUAAGGGAGAUACUAUCAAUGUCCUUUCCCAAUACUUGGAGUCUCGAAGCAUCUGGAUGGAAGAGAACAGGCUGAAGUUGGAAGACUAGUGAAAUUACAGUAGCAGUUUGUACAUCAGGAUCCUCCUUUGCCACCAUUUUUUGAUAGGCAGGCACUACUCAUGAAAGAGCAUGUCUGCAGUAUGUGAGUCAUUCUGGAUACGCAUUUUUUGCUUGAACUGUAGGUAGAAACCGUAGAACCUGGCUGAAGUAACUCAUGCUCUCAUUACCAUCUGAAAAGACUGCCACAAUGUGCUUCACAUGGGCUUUAGAAGUUACCUGGAAACUGCAAGUGGACCAUAAAGCAGCAGGCUGCAUGUUUCCUUGCUGUCACGGCUGGGAGCAGGUACUACUAGUUCUGCUGGCCCUGUAUUGGCUAUCAGUUGCUUUCUAGAUGGAAUUUAUGGUGCUGAUUUUGACUUAUAAAGCUACUGUCUUGGCAGUUAAAUACCUCCAGCACCACCUACUUCAAUCAGCAUCAGACUAAUGUAUUAGAAUAUCCAGGGAGAAAUGGCAUGGCACGUUUCUGAAAAGACAUCGUGUAUGUGUGCAGAAUCUAGAAAGUGCUGCUUUUUGUUAUAGCACCAGCAAAACAGCCUCCUGAUGGAGAUCGGGUUAAGCCUCUCCUUGCUGGCUUUCCACAAAAUGUUAAAAACCGUAUUUUGGAGGUCAGUUUAUUAAAUUUACACUGAAUGCUAUCUGGAUCUUGGUUUUUAGUUUAUUUUUGUAAUCGUCUUGUGUCAGAAACGUAUAGUGAUUAUUGAGAUUGGUUUUAACCUGGCCUUGUAAAUUUUAAUCCUUGUUUUCUAUUUACUGUAAACUACCAAGAAACACUUUGAUUGUGACAAGUAAGGCUUUUUAAAAUAAAUACUACCCAUGUGAUACAAAUAAAGAAAUAAAAAAAUAUUGUGGUUAUCUGGAUGUUUGAAGAUUACCUUCACAACUCCUAAUGUGGUAUUGGCCUCUUGUUCCAGUGGUUGCAUUUUUCUUCCAUUAGCUUUUAUCAAUGAAAUGUUACAUGGAAAUAUUCUGAAUCAAACAGCUGAAAUUAUCAUCUGAACUAUCCACAAAAUGUGGAGCUCAACCUUAGUUUUGCUUUACUUCACUUUCCAUUUUCACCUUUUUUGCAUUGUUCCUUACUGUGCAAUACUCAAACACAUUCACCUCUAUUCUAUUCCGUUGGUUCAAACUACAGUUCUUGCCUAUCUACUUAGCUUCUUAUUCUUCAUUCUUUUUUCAAAUUACCACAGUAAAAUACUUAAUGGACCUUUAAAAUUUUGGAUUUAAUAGACAAAAUGUAUGUGCUACUGCACAUAGAUACAAUCCUAUCCCAAUUUAUUACGUAUAAAAUGCAUAAAAGGUCACGUGCAAAAUCCCAAAUUUAAGAUCGCUGCUUUAAUGGACACCAGCUCAUUAAAGCAAAGGUCUUGUGUUUUGUCACUAUCACAAUAAUUUUUAAUCCAAUUCUUUAUUAAUAACCUGCUCACAUUAUCUACCAAUUAUUUAAAUGCGAGCUCAAGACUUUCUUUUUUCACCAAGCAGGGCUGGCCUGAUUGAUUUUAA